AACAGCCGGGUGGUGUCUCCCAGCUGCUCUCAACAACAACUUAUACAAUGCAUGGACGUUUGAAAAUAAAGACAACAGCUGAGCAAGCAGCAGAGAAGCAGAAAGAGAGGGCAGAAAAAAGGAAGUUAUAUCUUGCAGGACUCACAAAGGCUUUUGCAAAGAGAACAUCAGGAAUUCACGAUGAAGAAGGACUGAAGAUAACUGCACAGCUUUUAAUAGUAAACCCAGAUGUUAGCACACUUUGGAACUUUCGGCGAGAGAUUCUCUUAGCCAUGAAGGGAGAAGAUCAAGAGUCAUGGGAGAAAAGUCUUACUGGGGAAAUGACAAUGGUAGAAAAUUGUCUAAUGAAGAAUCACAAAAGUUAUGGAGCAUGCACCACCGCUGCUGGGUAAUGGAAAACUUCUCCUCGCCACCUUGGACAGCUGAACUAGCACUUUGUGACAAGUACUUGAAAGUAGAUGAAAGAAAUU